AUGGCGACUUUGUCUAAGCACACCCUAUUCCUCUGGCCGAAGGGGUUUUAUCCCCGUCGCGUCGUCUACUACCUUCUCAUCAAAGGCUUGGCAACCCCCAGCGACAUUCUUCAGGGCAAGACUGCCAUACCAUCGCUCAGAAUCAACCUCAUCAAUUACAAUGUCGACACUCAGAAGCUUGAGUCCGUGGACGUCGAUGAUCCUAAACCUUCCGACAAGAGCACACCGUGCCUGCGGAUCGUCGACGCUGGUAGUAACACGACUACCUGGAUUCACGAAAGUACUGCGAUCCCAGCUUAUUUCGAGGAUAAUUUCCCGGAGUUUCCCGCCCUUCAAAGCUCCGACCCCGUCGACAAGGCCGUCAUGGGGGAUAUCAUUCUGGCCAUCAAUGCUGCGCAGGACGACUUCAGCUACUACCUUCGUCAUGCAUCCCCCAUCGCAUGCAGAUUCGCUGGUCUGGAUGAUGCUGAAAGAGAUCAUAAGGCAGCUCUGAAUGCCAAAGCUCAGAUGAACAAGUGUCUGCUCAAGAUGCAGAAGUGGGCACAGGACUCUUUGAGUAAGACGGGAUGGCUGACUCCCGGCAUCGAUGGACCUGGCCUUGCCGAUGUAUGUCUUGCGGGAUGGAUUCGGUACAUAUGGUUGGCUUACGAGGUUGAUGUUAUUGAGGGGGAAGGCUUGGAGCGACUUAGGGAGUGGUGGGGGAGGUUCCAGAAAUUGCCAUGGUGGGAGGAAAUGGAGGAAACUGGUGAAAUCCACCCCCAGAGUCUGAGAUUCGGCAAGGAAAGCAUCGAAGUUUGA